GCUCAGGAAAGUUCCGGAACUGGCGAGAGACGCAAGGUUCCGAGUAAUUCAUCGAGCAUAGGGAGCGCACGAACUCCAAACUGUCAGGCUCUUCACCAGGUCCAAGAGGGAAGAAAAAGCAACACAUAGCAACACGUUUUUGUUAGGGGGAAGUCGGGGCAUCCCUGCACAUGUCCUUUUCGACAUACUGCGUGGAGACCUUUGUUGUGCCCCCCCUAGGCAACACAGCAGCUUGAUUCAAUUUCGAUUUGUCGCACUCGGGCUCCUGUUCAGCAGCAGUUACGAUUUCAAGUGCUACCUGUUAGCCUGACAUGAUGACAGCAGGACGAGCUCGACUACUCCCCUAUGUGUUUGCUAUUGGCGCUUGCACCUUCCUGGUGUCAACCUUGAGUUUUGUGUCGUCACCCGCAACGACAGUAGAACGCAGCCGGGCUUUGCGUGCUUUGCCACAGCCUGGAGCCAAGACUGAGGAGAAAAAGCAGGAGAGCAACGGGGGAGAGUUCAAGAUGCCCAAGCCUGACAUGGGCCUGAUGAACCGACAGGCCAGAGUUGGACAAUCCGUUGACCAAGACAGGCGUGGAAACAUGUGGUCUGUUGAGCCUGCAACAAGGAUUAGAACAGAUGAUGAUGGGGGCGAGCUGCUUCCAGCAGGAAUCUACUUCCCUAUCGUCAUUGUGAUCACCAUCGGCAGCAUCGUUGUCCUCGCUCAAGUGCUGGGCAACGACGCCCGCUUCGGUGGCAUGCUGGGCGACGAUGCUCGCGGCAUCAACGAGUGGGGCUAAGAACAUCCCCACAUUUGAGCGCUGCAGAAUUUCCGAACGAUUUUCAAUCUCACCGUGAGCAGUAGCAGUUGAAGGUAGUAGCACA